AUGUCUUCACCAGCAAACAACCCACGAGUACCACGCGGUCCAGUCGAGGCUGAGAUAGUCUUUUAUAAAGACCCCGCGGAUGGCUCUGCUCCCUUCAACUACGUGGAGGAGCCACCGGAGGGACAGCCUCAGCGCAACUAUAGCGAAGCUGUCCACAAAGUUCAUAUUACGGAUAUCCGAGGGCAAGAAGAUCAGUUCACGUUAGAUCGCGACGCAUUCCAAGUUUUACGAGACAUCCCUUCACAAACGACGUACGAGACAUUCAAUUCAGACGAUGCCAUCAAACAGUUAUAUUACCCUGAGGUAGAAAAGCUACUCCUGGAAAAGGUUCCCGGAGCACACAAAAUCAUCAUUUUUGAUCACACCAUCCGACGAGCCGAUCCCGAAGCGUCACGCCAACCCGUCCGGCAAGCCCAUGGGGACCAAACCAAAUGGUCCGCAGCGCAGCGAGUCCGUCGACAUGUUCCUGAUCCGGAGGAAGCGGAAAAACUACUUCAGGGACGGUAUCGUAUUAUCAACGUCUGGAGGCCGAUAAAUGGCGCGGUUGAAUCGUUCCCUCUGGCUUUUGCCAGCGCUGCAACUUUGGGCGACAGGGACUUCGCUAAGAUUGAACAUCGCUAUCCUCAUUUUAGUGGUGAGAUCAUGGGCGUGAGACACAAUCCAAAGGCAGAGUGGAAGUAUCUUUCCGGAGUGGAUGAUGAUGAGAGACUGCUUCUGAAGUGUUCGGAUACGGAGGAGGGCAUGGCCGAACGUGUGCCUCACACUGCCUUUGUCGAUCCUCGCACGGCUCCCGAUGCCAAGGGUCGGGAAAGCAUUGAAGUGAGAACCAUCGUCUUUGGAUAG